UGUAAAGGAGUUUAGUGAAAAUUCAGUUUAGCGAAAUUGCGUUUUUUUGAAAUUCGAGACGAAAACCUGUCGAAACGAUACCCAGAGACCAUGACGUUUUCCCAUUGGUAUAGAGACAGAGAGGUUGACUCGCGGCAGGAGAGGCCGAAAUCGAAACUGGCGAACCGCGUGCAACAGUUGGACGCGCGCUUGCAAUCCAUAGUAUUGGAGAAUAAUUCGAACAAGUUGUUGCGUCAGCAGGCGGGAUUGGACAAGAUGAGGAUGACUUCGAAAAGGAUUAAAAAGAAGACGCUGCGCGGCUCGCCAAAGGUGUGCAGCAUACAGCGUGUGUACGACCGCAAUCGGCAGCAGGAGCUGCGUCAAUUGCAGCAGGAGCAAAGCCGGCAAUGCCAGUUCCAUAGCCAUGCGGUCCCCAAUUUCAAGUUGAUGCACAAACGCUGGGAAAUACGAAAUCGAACGCGUCAACUGAAAUGCUUGUACAACCUGACCAAACCGCAAACGCCACACACGCUAAUGAAAUCUAUGGAAGCGGCCAAACGUUGGCAGACGGAACGGGCGAAUCUGGAACAACAGAUUAUGAAGGAGGUGACGCUGCGACCGCAGUUGAGCCAAGCCUCGGAGAGCUGGCGACAGCCUCCGUUCGUGCCGCGCAUCUUAUCGAGCAUUGUGAAGACUGAACCGUUCCAUCUGAAGUCGGUGGAACGGGGCAAGCUGCGCAAACAGUUCGAUUUGUGGAACCGGCGGGAGCAGGAGGCACGCUGGCAACGAAAGGCGAUCGAGUGGGCGCAACGCUGUCACGACGAAUAUGUCCAGGCCCGCAAAUUAACCAAUUUCAAGGCUACACCGAAUCCCUGGAAGCGAUCUACAGCAAUUAUCUGAAAAAAAAUUUCAACUGAUUUUUUUUUAC